AUGGCUGGUUUUCUAGCUCAAAAUCCAUGGGUUUUAACUUUCGGUCUUCUAGGCAACAUGAUUUCCUUCUUGGUUUAUCUGGCCCCAGUGCCAACGUUUGUUAGGGUUGUGAAGAAGAAAUCAACAGAAGGGUUUCAAUCAUAUCCAUACAUGGUUUCGCUCAUCAGUGCGAUGAUUUGGAUAUACUACGCAUCAUUGAAGUCUAAUGAAUACCUUCUCAUUACUAUUAAUUCAUUCGGGUGCGUCACAGAGACCAUUUACAUCGCUAUCUUCAUUGCUUAUGCUCCAAAGCAAGUUAAGAUGCCGACUUUGAGGCUUGUGAUUCUGUUGAAUUUUGGAGGAUUUUGCUUGAUUCUUCUUGUCUCCCACUACUUCUUGAAAGGAGCAAAGCGACUCGAGGUUUUGGGAUGGCUUUGUGACGCAUUCGCUGUUGGUGUUUUUGCAGCACCUCUAAGUAUUAUGAGAGUGGUGAUCCGAACAAAAAGUGUGGAGUUCAUGCCAGUUUAUCUAUCAUUGUUUCUCACAGUAAGCGCGAUUGCGUGGCUCCUUUAUGGUAUAUUAUCGAAGGAUUUCUAUAUUGCAGGUCCAAACGUAAUCGGGGUCAUACUGGGGGCAGCACAAAUAGUUGUCUAUGUGAUCUACAAGAAGUGCGAGACAGUGAUAGAGGAGCCCAAUAAGGUACCAGAAUUCAGUGUGGAUAUCGUGAAACUGAGCAAGAUCACGGCUUCUGAGGCAGAACUAUUGAUUGAGUAUAGUAGUCAAUUAAUCAUUGUAAUAUAUUUGAUGUUUGUGCUCUUCAAGUAUGCAUAUGCUAAAGUUGACCGCACGCAUGCAACAGGGUGGAUCCCACAAGGGCCCAUGUAUGGCGGCUACUCUAAUCAGGGUCAACGUAAAAAGUUGACUUUCCUUGUUAAACUAGUGAUGGCUUUUCACAUUACUUGGGCUUUUUCUUUUGGUAUUUUGGGUAACCUAGUCUCAGUUCUGGUCUCCCUUGCUCCAUUGGCAACAUUCUACCAAAUUUACAGGCGAAAAUCGAGUGAAGGGUUUCAGUCAAUUCCAUAUGUGAUUGGAAUGUUUAGUGCAAUGCUAUGGUUGUUCUAUGCGAUCUUCAAAAAGGAUGCUACCCUCCUCAUCACCAUCAACAUCUUCACAUUCUGCAUGCAAACCGGUUACAUUAUCGUCUACUUUCUCUAUGCCACCAAGAAAGACAGGAUUCUGACUACCAAACUAGUCCUCUUGUUUGAUGUUUUCGGGUUCGGGGUGAUAUGUCUUCUAUCACUCUUCUUAACAAAGGGCGAAAAACGUAUCGCGGUUCUUGGAUGGAUUUGCAUGAUUUUCGCUCUCUGUGUAUUUGUUGCACCUCUCGGCAUUAUGAAAAAGGUGAUACAAACCAAGAGUGUGGAGUUCAUGCCAUUUUAUCUAUCGUUCUUCCUCACAUUGAGUGCAGUCAUGUGGUUCUUUUAUGGGUUUCUAAUGAAAGAUCUUUUCGUCGCUGUUCCAAACACACUUGGGUUUCUAUUUGGAGUGGCUCAAAUGUCACUCUAUGCGGUAUACAAGAACUACAAGAAGAAACUACCUGCAGUUGCGGAGGUACUGGAGCCACAGCUGCAAGAAUUAUCAGAACAUAUUGUUGAUGUGGUGAAACUGAGUGCAAUGGUUUGUCCUCAUGAGCUAAUUAGCGCAGUCAUGGUGAAUAUAAAUAUGGGAACUGAGAAGGUUGAAGUCGAGAACGAAAGGGGUGAAUGGACUUGUACAUUAUUGUUUCAAGGCACUCGAAUUACAGUUACUACCCAAAAGAAACAAAAACCUAGCUAUCCUCCUAGCUAG